AUGGAGAAAAACGAGAUGGACGACACAGAAAUGAUGCAAAUGAUUAGACAGGCGGUACUUUUCGAGAACACCGAACUAUUGAGUGAUCUGCUCAAAGAAAACCCAUGGUCGAUCAGAAAAGUCGAUAAACAUGGCAGGAAUUUGUUGAUGCUAGCUGCGCACAAUGGACGAACGAAAGCACUUCAAGAAUUGAUCGCUUUUGCACCCGAUGCCCUAGAUGCACAAGGUGGUGGAGGAAAGACGGCUCUUCAUCUAGCCACUGAAGCGGCUCAGGCUGAAAGCGCGAGCAUUCUUCUCGAAGCUGGCGCCGAUCCAUCGCUUCGGGAUUCCUCUGCGCAUUGUGCUCUUGAAUCAGCGCAAAUGGCUGGACACGAUCAUCUCACUCAACUCCUCAUUCAUGCAAUUCAAAGCGAAAACGAGAAGCUGAUGAAAGAUCGGGAGGAGUUGUUCAGGGCGUGUAUUCAUGGAGAUCUCGAGAAAGUAACCUCAGUGAUUGCUGGAUGUCCAACCCGUCAUUUAGACUCUUUCUUUAAUGGACGAGAGGCCGAGGAUCAACUUGUACUUUUUGUAGCUUGUCAAAAUGGUCGCUUUGAGAUCGUGAAAAAGCUAUUGGAAUGGAAAGAUAAGCACACAAUUGUUCACUCAAUCACAAAGGAUACAGUUGUUCAUGCGGCGAUCGCUGGCAGAAACGUCGAUUUGCUGAGACUUGUGCUAUUAAAUUUCCCUGAUCUAAUUGGUGAGGUGAACGCGGAUGGGAGCUCGGUGCUUCACUGGAUCGCUCACACUGGAGAUGUCAACAUUGCGAAAUGCCUCUUCGAGUUUCCACUCGACAAAAAGUACACAAAAAUCAUCGAGAAUAACAAAGGGAACAAAUAUCGCUUCAUGGUUGAUGCGAAUGCAAUGGAUGGCCAAUGUCGAACGGCUCUUUACACGGCGGUCGUCGAUGGCCAUCAAGAGAUGUCCGAGUUCUUGCUACAAUAUCAAGUCGAGUUCACUGAUGGCACAAUCGGAUGCCCUUUUCAGGUGGAUGUCUACUGUAUCCGUGGCAGAACUCCUUUGAUGAUCGCUGCUUUCAAUCAGAGUGUUGGACUCAUUCAACUCUUGCUACAACAUGACGCCGAUGUGAAUCUGCCGCUUGGAGUGCUCGAGGACAGUGAGCAGAGCUUGGAGUCCGCUCGUUGUGUUGGCUCGGGCGCUCUAGCUGAAGCGGCUCGUUCGGGCGGCCUUCACGUUGUGCAACUUUUACUUCAAAAUGGCGCUGUCGACACGGACAAUCGAGCGCUUUCCAUCGCGGCUCAGACAAACAACGAGAAAAUCGUUCGCGUUCUUCUUUGUCGUCUCGCUCACGCCGAUGUCGAGUACAAAGUGAACAAAAGAAAUGUCGAUGUUGGACAGGUUCGUGUGGGUGAAUCCCUUCUGCCGUCAUCACUUUGUCCAUCAAAAGGCGCCUCGUUAUCUUGGGCUUCAGCUUCACUAGCAGCCGUGUUACCGGAUUGGUUUGUCGCCGCCGCAUUGCAUGUAAAUCCGAGACUCAAAACGACAAGACUUGCUCUAGCAGCGAUCACUCGAGUCGAUCUCUCUUGCAAUCGCCUCACCGUUUUCCCGUCUGUUCUAAUGCAAAUGGUUUCCCUGCGUUCACUCAACCUUUCACAAAAUCAACUUAAAACAAUCGAACCUCCAUCAUACGCGACUUCAUCGCAUUCAAUCGAGAUCCUAAUCCUAUCAAAUAAUAAAAUUGAAGCUCUUUCAUCACAACUCCUUGCCGCUCUUCCAGCUUUAACCAAUCUCGAUCUUUCUCACAAUCGAAUCACUCAUCUACCUGAGUACAUCUGGCUCUCUCCAGCGCUCAAAGAACUCAACGUCGCUCACAACUCUCUAACAGCUCUUCCAUCCCUCAACAAUCGGACAAGACUGUCAAGAACGGCAAACGUUGGUCAAAUCUCUGAUGGUUUCGUUGCUGGGACAGAGCUCGAUGAAGCCACACAACAAGGAGAGCGAUUAGAGCUGAGAAGAGCGAAUAUUUGGAUGGGAGAGAUCCCUUUAUGCAAAGUCGAAGAGGAACCAUCGGAUGUGCCGAUCUCCUCGUCGGGCACUUUAACAACGUUGAAUCUUCAAGCGAAUAAGCUCUCCGUCUUCCCCUCCUGUCUGGCGUGUGUCUGUCCUCGUCUCCUUUCACUCAACCUCUCAUUCAAUCUCCUCACUCAACUCACUCCAAUCCAAUGCAUUCCUGCGCAUCUACGAUCACUCGAUGUCUCGCAUAAUCGAUUGAAAGAACUCUUCUCUGACGGGGCUCCUCAUCUAGCCGCUUGUCAAGCUCCACCAUUACCAACUGAAAUGCGAUACGCACAAUUGCCCGGCAGAAGAAGAAGUCCGAAUCGGAGGGAUCAAAGAUCACGCUCGAAAUCAGCCGUUCGAUCUCAGCGAUCGCUCUCUGUUUCAAGAGGUGAUGGAAAUGGAGGCACUGGAAUCAAUGUCAUCUCGCCGAAAGGAAAAGCAACGAAUUGGGAAGAGGAUGCGUGUGCGCACAAGAGACAUGACUCGUUGCAGUGGUGCAAGACUUUCAAUGUGGCUGGAAACGAGUUGAAACGGCUUGAUUUAUGGUCAUCUCACUCACUUCCUCUCCUCCCCGCACUCUCGGUUUUAGACGCUUCCGAUAAUCAUCUAGCCGCACUUCCACCACUAAUCGGUCACAUCGCAACACUAGCUGUUUUGAAUUUGAAUGGGAAUGUUCCAUUGGAAACGCUACCAGCUGAGAUUGGACUUCUUUCUCGAUUAUGGUCACUUUCAUUGAAGAAUUGUUGUUUAAAGGAACCGCUAAACUCGAUGGUGAAUGUUGAACAAUGCAAAACUGUACAAUUGGUUGCUUUUCUUAAAUCAAUUCUGGAACAAGCCAAAGCCUAUCGACAUUUGAGGCUUAUUUUUCUUGGAGCACCUGCCAGUGGACGCACCACUCUUUGGGAAGCGAUUAGGUCUGAAGGCGCUUCAAAAAGGCCGGUUUUCAUCGCGGAGUCGUUGAAAAUCGCCGAGUUCAAGCUGGAGUCGAAAAAAGUGAAAGGCGAGCAAUUGUAUGGCCCGGUCACUUUUCACGCCAUCGAUUUCACAUGCGAUAAGCGUGAACUCCAUGCUGUUCAACCCUAUGCGAUGAGCCGACGAGCUGUCUUCAUCGUCGUUUUUAAGAUCUCCGAUUGUGAUGAAGGAGUCGAGCAAGCCGAAAGAAUGCUCGUAUCGAUUCAGGCUCGAGCUCCAAACGCUUGCGUGGUCGUUGUGGGAACUCAUCGAGAUCAAAUCGCUCAGAAUGCCGACCGGAUUCCAGCUGGUUUUCUAGAAGAGCUUGAGAAUCGUUGCAGACAAAGAUGGUUGACGGCAGACGCUGAUAAGAAAGGAUUACCAAAAGUGAUCGAUGUGCUGUUGGUAUCGAGCAAGUCAAAGGCAUCGAUGAAAAUGUUGACGCAAUCGAUUUUACGAGCAGCUUGGGAGUCAAGAAUGGGUAGAGAGCGACUUUUAGAUGCGCCCGUUCCAUCAACACAUGUCCAUAUGAUAAAGGUGAUUCACGAGCUGAAUGCUGAGCGAAGAGACGGCGAAUCUUCAAUUCAUCCAUUGAUGAGCGGUGACGAGUUGAGGGGACGAGUCGAAGAGAGAAUGAGAAAUAAAAUGGGUCAAGUGUUCAGAGAUGACGGUGAAUUUCAAGCGGCAGUUUCUUUUCUCCAUGAUUGCGGUGAAAUUGUUCACUAUGAGGACGCUAGUUUACGCUCUACGUAUUGUAUCGAUCCGAUUUAUUUGCUUGAUGCGAUCUGCGCUUGUGUCAGAGUUCGACCGCCGUCUGGCCCAGCCGCAAUCAUUUUGCCCGAGCAACUUGGAAACGUUUUCAAAUCUUUUCAAUUCGAUCGUGCCUUACAUCGGGUGUUCUUAAUGAAUGUUCUACACAAGUUUGAGGUGGCUCUUGUUUGUUCCUCUCCACUUCUUCUUGUCCCCUGCCUUCUCCCCGACGAGUACAUGCUUCGAUCCGAAUUUCCGUCAAGAACAGUGAAAGUCCUUGUACGGGGAUGUGCUUGGAGGUUAAGGAGUGCACAAAUUGGCCCAGAUCUCACUCCACAGCAUUCACAAUUGGCUAGAGCUGCUGAAUCAGGCUACGAGCCAUUAACGAGUGAGAGCAAAUCAUCGAGUGCUGGAGCUGUGGUGCACUUCACGUACAGUCGAUCAAUUCGUUUUCGUCGGCUCAUUUCGUUGGCUUACAUGCCUGCCGGUUUUUGGCCUCGUCUCAUCACUAGAAUCAUUGGUGACUCCUCGGUCUGUCGAGUGGUUUCUCAACUCUUCUCAUCGCAAGACCCAACCUCAACCCCGUCAGUGAUUCCAGCAUUGAAAGGCCGAAUUCUGCCCGAGUGGAUGCUCUGGGAAACCGGGAUUGAACUCUUGAUCAAAGGACAUUCGAUUUUCAUCCUCAAACAAUUCCUCCCGAAUGCCGAAGUUCGAGAUGUGCACUAUGCGCAGUCCGAUUGGUCAAUUCAACAAGAAACUCAAUGGAGAUCGUCGGGAAUCGCUUCAAAGCCGAUCGUCGAGAUGUUGAUCGCUUCGUUGAGUAUGACAGUCGUGCUGGAGGCUUCAAAUCGCGUCGAAAUUUGCAUGGAUGAGACGGCAGCCGCAUCACUUUUAGCGUUAAUCACUGACCUUGUUGAUACACUGCUAGAGGAUUGGUACCCUUCACUGGGCACCCGUUUCGUGCACUCGUCCGCUGGUGAUCUCUUGGUGCAGCGUUUGAUCCCGUGCAUGCACUGUGCCGGUGAUGAGAUCAGAAGUCGAGAGGCCUCGCACGAUGAUUUCGAUCUACCUGGACAAACCAGAAAAACGUCUGGCCUUCGCUCUCGAACAAUGCACGAUUUGAGAACGAGCAAGAAGUACUACGCGUACAUGAUCGAGGAGUGUAUCGCUGCGUCGCGUCGCGGUGCAUGGGUCGACUGUCCACAGCACGGACAAAUCUCCACAAGACUUCUGGCACCCGAUUUACAUUUUGCUGAUCUAGAGGGUUCUUUGCUAAUCGCCUCAGAAGCAAUGCGUCAGAGUCGACUGCUUGGACGCGGUGCUUUCGGUUUCGUCUUCCGAUCGACACUGAGAACAAAGGGCGGAGAGAUCGUAGAUGCGGCAGUGAAAAUGCUAGAGCCAGUCGAUCCGGGGCAAAGCCGUGGAAGUGCAGCUCAAGCUUAUCGGGCAGCUCUAGCGAAAUGGGAACGCGAUGAAGGCGAGAAUGCGUGUAAAGCCUAUUGUACUUGCAGACAAGAGCUCUUCUUGCUCGUGCGAAUGCGACAUCCAUCGGUGCUUUCCCUGCUCGGCGUUUCCUUCUCUCCGCUCUCUCUUGUGGUCGAAUUGGCGCCACUUGGCGCUCUCGAUCAACUCCUUGCCUCGUAUCGAAAAAGUGGUUGCCGGCUGGGAUUACCCGUGCUCGCUGAUGCGCUUAUGCAGGUAGCCAAAGCUCUCGAGUAUCUCCAUCAUCAGCACAUCAUCUAUCGCGAUUUGAAAAGCGAGAACGUACUCGCCUGGAGAUUCCCUCCACCAUUCUCUAACUUGCUUGAGGUCUUGGUGAAACUCGGUGACUACGGGAUUUCUCGCUCAAUCUUGCCAUCUGGAGGUGCAAAGGGAUUUGGCGGUACUGAGGGUUUCAUGGCGCCUGAAAUCGUGCGAUUCAAUGGGGAAGAAGAGUAUACACAACAGGUUGACUCAUUCUCUUUUGGAAUGUUCAUGUAUGAACUACUCUCACUUCGGCUACCAUUUGAUGGAGAAGAUCACGUGAAAGAACGGCUAUUGGAUGGAGCAAGACCAUUUCUCUUACCACAUGAGUUGCUCGUCCCCUCUCUCAUGCUCGACACAAUGGUGCUUUGUUGGCGUUCAACUCCGUCUCUUCGUCCCUCCUCGUCACAUCUUGUCUCACUCGUUUCAUCACCCGAAUUCCCUCGACUCCUUGAUGCUCUCCAAUUACCAUUCCCUGCUUCUCCUCAACAAAUCAGCUCUUUAGUGACUUCAGAUGAUUGGGAUGAAGAAGAGCUUGAUGCAGAGAUUUGGAUGAUCUUUAAUGGAACGAUUCAAGCGCUUUCUUGUACACAAUUUGGAUGGACAGAGCAUCGACGAGUCGUGCCAGAAGCUCAACCGGAUUGGCUUCUCCGUGGCGCCGAAGCGACAUCAAUGUGGUCAAUCAAUCAACUCGGACUUCUCACCGUCUUUGCUCCAUCGCUUCAUCAAUCAGCCAACGUCGAACUACCAGUCGAUGGCGAGAAAGUCGUCUGUCGCCCGUGUCUUCUCCCAGCCGAUCUCCUCUGUCUCCCAUGCUCCGGCUCACUGAAUUUGAUCCGUGUCGACGAGUCUCUCUCAAUUUCACUCCUCUCUCGCCACCCAUCACAAUCUGUGAUCAAAGCUGUGAUCGCUCUGAAUAUCGAGGAUGCCAGACAAGUGUGGACCGGACACGACGACGGUGUCAUUCAAGCGCACACUAUCGCUAGCGAUCAUCGCUUCUCCUUCGCCUCGUCACUCUCCCACCCAGAAGCACAAGGCUCGAUCGAUUUGCUCGAAACCGACUCAGCGCAUAAAAAUGUCUGGGCUGCGAGUAGGCAUGCUUGUCGAGUGUUUUGUUGGGACGUCGCUCGUCGUGUGGUCGUCUCAAUUUUCAAUAUAAGAAAGGUGGUGCCUGGAUGGGACUCUGUUUCCCCAAGUUUCACCGCUCAACUCUCCACCUCAACAGUGACCUCGAUGGCUCUAUUGGAUCGAGGAUCGGCAUCGACACUCUUCAUCGGGACAACGGCCGGUGUACUGAUUGCGGCGAAUGCGCAAACGCUUCAACCAGUGCUCGCUUGUCGACCCUAUGAAGGUGCACUCACCUCAUUAACGAUCAUCGAGAACAAUCGUUGGAAUGAUGAGGUCACAAGGAGAAGGACAAGCAUUCAUACAAGCGAUUCAAUAGGAAGCUUGAAUUGGAUGCGUGAUCGUGUCUCGGAGACGGUUGAUCGAAUCAAGGGUGGCUAUGCGGGCAGUUCAAUGCCAACCCUCAGCCAACAAUUGCCCAACUCCAGCCGAGCGCCCGCUGUUUUGGUCUCUUUCGGCACCAAGUACCGGAGUGCCACUGAGCGUGUCUGCGGCUCCGAAAGCGCUCCCCCAAUCGCUCAUCAUUCACUCACCGAUCAAACAACGGCCAUCAUCUGGAGAGCUGAUGAUUGGCUGCCG